CCGGCCUGCCUCGGCUCCACAAGGGGAGGGAUGCGCGGCAGUUGCUGAAGCUCCAGCUCCCGUUGCUGGCGUUUUAACUACGUCGCAGUGAAACAGCAGUCCCCAAGCAGCUUUUCGACUUCUGUUGGGAUGCUGUCACGACACAAAGUUGGAGGAAGGUGUUUCCGUUGGUUUUGUAACUCUGGCGCGAGCUAACGGCAGCUAGCACAAAGGCGUUCGGUCAGCAACUAGCCGAUGGUAAGCUAACGGUUACUAGCUUGCUAACAACACAGCCGGUGAGGACGAGCUCAUCCUCCGCAGCCAUACCUGGGUUAAUCUCUGCUGACUCGCUUCGUGAGUAACGUUAGCGUCUGUGUGGUUUUAAUUGAACGCUAUCGUAUGUCACGUAGUUGUUUUGACAGUCGCCACUCAUGACGGUGAUAGUUAGAGCAAGGUUUCUGCAUAGCCGGGUCGUUGGCUGUACAUCUUUGAGCUAGCCAUGAUAGAGCUCUAAGGUCUCAUACAAGGAUGUCGGCGGGGGUGAAACGAGCUAACUUAACUCCAUCUCCGUGAAGUCAGGCAGAGUAAAAAGUGAGGUAACUCAGAAGCUAAGUUGAAGACCUCCGUUUUGUGUAUGUUAAUUGUAAUUCCGGGUUGGAUGACGCGAUCACGGAGCUGACAAUCCUCCAGCACGACUGAACAGAAACUGGGAAUAUCGUUGACAGAUCGAAGGGAUUAUUUUUGUGUCUCUAAGUGGAUUUCGGCCUCCUGUUCAGGAUCGUCGUGGGAACACAGUAAGUGAUUUGACAUUGAGCGAGCCCACUCUCUCAAAAAUUACCCUCUCGCAUCCACCCCCCCCCCCCCCCCCCGCUUCACCCUCCGAUGCGGAGAUUGCAGUAGCACCGGCAACCAAAUCCCCCACGGCGGCCGGACAUGCUGAAGUGUAUUCCCCUGUGGCGCUGCAACCGCCACGUCGAGUCGGUGGACAAGCGGCAUUGCAGCUUGCAGACGGUCCCCGAUGAGGUGUUCCGCUACAGUCGUAGCCUGGAGGAGCUUCUCCUUGAUGCCAACCAACUCAAAGAGCUACCAAAGCCUUUCUUCAGACUACUGAACCUCCGGAAGCUCGGCCUGAGUGACAAUGAGAUCCAGAGACUCCCUCCUGAGGUGGCCAACUUCAUGCAGCUGGUGGAGCUAGACAUCUCCAGAAAUGACAUUCCUGAGAUCCCCGAGAGCAUCAAGUUCUGCAGGGCCUUGGAGAUUGCAGACUUCAGUGGAAACCCUCUGUCCAGAUUGCCAGAUGGUUUCACUCAGCUCAGAGCGCUGGCUCACUUGGCACUCAACAACGUGUCCUUACAGACGUUGCCCAACGACAUUGGAAACCUGGCCAACCUGGUGACGUUGGAGCUCAGGGAGAACCUGCUGAAGUCUCUGCCCACGUCGCUUUCUUUCCUAGUGAAACUGGAACAGCUGGACCUUGGCAGUAAUGAACUGGAACUUUUGCCUGACACUCUUGGUGCUCUCCCCAACCUGCGGGAGCUAUGGCUGGACCGUAACCAGCUGACCUCAUUACCACCAGAGCUUGGAAACCUCCGGAGACUAGUGUGUCUGGAUGUGUCGGAGAAUCAUCUAGACGAGCUCCCAUCAGAGCUGAACGGUCUCCUGGCUCUUACUGACCUGCUGCUCACACAAAAUCAGCUGGAUGUCAUCCCAGACAGUAUAGGCUGCCUGAAACAGCUUUCAAUCCUGAAGGUGGACCAGAACAGACUGACCCAUCUCACUGACUCCAUAGGAGAGUGCGAAAACCUCACAGAACUCGUUCUGACAGAGAACCUUUUACAGUCACUUCCUCGCUCGCUGGGCAAGCUGAAGAAGCUGACCAACCUGAAUGUAGACCGCAACCGCUUAGGCAGUGUGCCCAAAGAGCUGGGCGGCUGUGCCAGCCUCAAUGUCCUCUCACUCAGAGACAACCGGCUGGGCAAACUGCCUGCUGAACUCGCAGAUGCCACUGAUCUUCAUGUGCUGGAUGUGGCUGGAAACAGAUUACAAAACCUGCCUUUUGCCCUGACAAACCUCAACCUGAAGGCCAUGUGGCUCGCAGAAAACCAGUCACAGCCGAUGCUCAAGUUCCAGACGGAGGAUGAUGAGCGCACAGGAGAGAAGGUGCUGACGUGCUACUUACUGCCCCAGCAGCCCUCUCCAAGCCUUGAGAACUUGCUGCAGAACAGUGUGGAUGACAGCUGGACAGACAGCAACCUGAACCGAGUGUCAGUCAUUCAGUUCCAGGAGGAGAUCAAGCCGGAGGAGGAUGACGACGAGGCUGCUGCUGAGCGCAGAGGUCUUCAGCGAAGAGCCACGCCACAUCCCAGUGAGCUUAAGGUGAUGAAGAAAGUGAUUGAGGAGAGGAGGAAUGAAGCUUACACAUCAAGACCAGAUGGAGAAGAUUUCCAUGAUCCACAUGAGAAGAGACUCAGUGAUCUGUCCAAUCAGAGCCAUGACUCCCAGGUGUCUAACAGCACACUGUCAGCCACUUCCCAUGAGGAAAGACAAAAUGUGACUUUGCAGAAGGAGGACCUAGUGGAUGGCCACUCCCCUCAGGAAGAGGAAGAGCUGGAUGAGAUGGAGGUGGAGUACAUCGAGCCCACUGUGCACUUUGCAGAAGAGCCCAUCAUCAGAGGAGGGGAAGAGGACGAGGAAGAGGAUGGGGAAGAAGGUGAGAGGAGUGAUGAGGAGGACGAGAGGCCUGUUGUUCCUGCUGAAAAGCAGCGUCUGAUCAGAAAAGACACACCACACUACAAAAAGCACUUCAAAAUCACCAAGCUGCCCAAGCCUGAGGCUGUGGCUGCACUGCUGCAGGGCUUCAGCCCCGAAGGCCUCAACUCUUCAACCCAGACUGCAGAGGACGGGCAGGAUGAGGAGGACGACCAGGACAUGUGCACGCCGCAGCACCAUCGCAGGUUGGAGGAGGUUGAGGAGAGCCGGCACCCGAGUAACUCCAGUCAAGUAAAGGGGGUGUCAUUUGAUCAAGUCAAUAAUCUGCUGAUUGAACCUGCUCGAAUUGAGGAGGAAGAGCAUCACCUGACUAUCCAGAGACAAACAGGUGGCCUUGGUAUCAGCAUCGCCGGAGGGAAGGGAUCAACACCUUAUAAAGGAGAUGAUGAGGGAAUCUUCAUCUCCAGAGUAUCUGAGGAGGGUCCUGCUGCCAGAGCAGGGGUCAAAGUGGGAGACAAACUUUUAGAGGUGAAUGGAGUUGACCUUCAUGAAGCAGAACACCACACAGCAGUGGAAGCCCUCCGUAGCUCCGGUGCAACAGUUUCCAUGACGGUGCUUCGGGAGCGAAUGGUGGAGCCAGAGAAUGCCAUCACCACCACGCCACUGAGGCCAGAGGAUGACUACUUUCCCCGGGAGAGGCGGAGCAGCGGCCUUGCAUUCAACUUAGAGGCGACACCAAGCGGGCCUCAUCAGCGGCUCUCCACCUGCCUGAUCAGAAAUGACAAAGGGCUUGGGUUCAGCAUUGCAGGGGGUAAAGGCUCUACGCCGUACCGCACGGGAGACACGGGAAUCUACAUCUCUCGCAUUGCAGACGGUGGAGCAGCACAUAGAGACAGCACACUGCGUGUAGGCGACAGAGUUAUCUCUAUCAAUGGUGUAGACAUGACAGAGGCCAGGCAUGACCAGGCAGUAGCGCUCCUUACCGGCACCUCCCCCACCAUCGCCCUCGUGGUAGAGCGAGACCCGAAAGCUCCAGGGGGCUCUCCAGGUCAAUCCCGGGCACGUGCCCACUCCCCUCCACCCCCAGAGCCCUCAGACUCACCCGACCAGGACGAGGAAGGCCUCUCCCUUCACGGAAACCACCUGGGCCAAAUGGAAGACGAGUAUCCCAUCGAGGAAGUGACCCUGGUGAAGUCAGGUGGCCCUCUAGGUCUGAGCAUUGUGGGUGGCAGCGAUCAUGCCAGUCAUCCAUUUGGUAUCAAUGAGCCUGGAGUGUUUAUAUCAAAGGUGAUUCCUCAUGGUCUUGCCUGGCAAAGUGGCCUGCGAGUGGGGGACAGAAUACUAGAGGUAAACGCCAUCGACCUGCGUCACGCCACACACCAGGAAGCCGUGCGAGCCCUGCUGGCUAACAAACAGGAGAUCAGGAUGUUGGUACGGAGGGAUCCUUCACCGCCUGGGAUGCAGGAAAUUGUGAUCCAAAAGCAACCAGGGGAGAAGCUCGGCAUCAGCAUACGUGGAGGAGCAAAGGGUCAUGCAGGAAACCCUUUUGAUCCAACAGAUGAAGGCAUCUUCAUCUCAAAGGUGAGUUCUACCGGAGCAGCAGCAAGAGACAGCAGACUGCAGGUGGGCAUGCGUAUCUUGGAGGUGAACAACCACAGCCUGCUGGGGAUGACGCACACGGAGGCGGUGCGAGUACUCAGAGCUGUAGGAGACUCUCUGAGCAUGUUGGUGUGUGACGGCUUCGACCCACGGAAAGUGGCUGCUGUUGAGGCGUCUCCUGGCAUCAUAGCCAACCCAUUUGCGACAGGCAUCGUCCGUAAGAACAGUAUGGAGAGCAUCUCUUCAAUCGACCGAGACCUGAGCCCAGAGGAGAUAGAUAUCAUGCAGAAGGAGUCUGAAAUGGUGAGGGAAACAUCACAGUGGGAGCGAGAAGAGAUGGAGAAAGUGGAGCGUAUGCGUUUGGAGCGCGAGGAGGCAACUCGCCUGCUAGAAGAGGAGACUGAGAACAUUGGCACUGGACCUCUAAAACUUGACUACAAAACCCUGGCUGCACUGCCCACAACCAGUCUGCAGAAAGUCAACAGGUUUUCUACCUCUAAAAGUCUGACUGCUCCCAUGGAGGCCUCCCUUCAGGCUCAGUAUGGAGCCCCUAUAGAGCCUUUGGGCUUUGGUUUAGUCCAUACAACAAAACCUCUCAGCCACAUGGACCCCGAGUCCUCCCCCAGUCUGGGCAUACAUCAUGAUUUCCAUCAGUUCUCCUCCAAUGGGACCACCGCCUCUGACAGUGUCGGCUCAUCAACAACCAUCAGCUCAUCAGCAUGUGUAGAUGAAGAGGAAGAGGAAUGUCUGGUGGACUCUCAGCCGAUCUGCUUCAAAGAAAACCCGUUUUUAGUGGCUAAUCGGAAAGGAAAAGGCCGUCCACCUGCAGAGCAGAUCCUGUCAGGGCCUCCUGUGGGCUACGGGAGGAACGGCCAACUGCAGCCAUGGUUGUUCAACAAGGCACCAUCCUCUGAUUAUGCUCGGACAGACAGCCCAAUCAGGGAAGCACCCUACUCACCCACAAUUCAACCGCCCAGCCUCCGCUCUUCCAACAGCUCCCCGUAUGCAGGCAGGGAAACACGCUUCGCAAACAUUCAUUUCACCUCCACUCCCACUGCCAGGGAUGAAACGCCAUCAUCAACGCGACCAGGUGCCAUCCAGCCAGUCGGGCGUGUGCGGCCGAGUACCUCCCCCGCCACUCCGGACGGCCACAGUCCAAACCCUUUCCAGCAUGGCCCCUCCCCCUUCAACUCCCAGACCUCUCCUCGCGCCCCCUCCCCCACCUCGCCCGACGAGUUCCCCAUGAAUGUCAAGCAGGCAUACAAGGCGUUUGCCGCCGUGCCUCGCUCACUGGCAGUGCUGGAGCCGCCGCAGGACCUGUAUGGUGUGAGGAACAAUUUCCACGUCAAGCAACCUUCUCCAGAGCCUGAGUUGAACAACGAGGUGUUUGACGAUGACGUAGAUGGUCAGGAGGGCGCUGGUAAAACUCUGGCCAACAGGCCCUCUCCUCGCCAGGAGUAUAUGAGCCUGGCAGCAGUGCCUCGCUUCUUCAGGCCCAGCAUGGAACUGAAGAGUCCAUCUCCUGUUGAUAAGGACAGCCCAGAGCAGCGUUCUUUCAGGGACAGACAGAAGUAUUUUGAGAUUGAUGUGAAGCAGCAGACGCCAGACAAACCCAAACCUCGAGUGUCUCUUGUUGGAGAAGAUGACCUCAAGAAAAUGAGGGAAGAAGAAGAGAGGAAGUUUGAGCAGCGGGCGAGGGAGUACCUGCUGGAUGAAGAUGAUGAGGAUGAAGAGGAGGACCUGGCUAAGCAGGUGGCACAGAUGAAGGCGACUGGUAAAGUGCUGCUGGAUGGAGUGGAGUACAAGGUGGAGCCAGUUUCCACACCAUCACAGCACUGCUCAACGCCACCAAGCUACUGUGGCAGCUCAGGGCCUUCAUCUGUUGAUGGGAAGGGAGAUUCUCAGAGGAAUUCACUGGAGGACAGUUUCAGGCUGGAGCAGAGGCCAAACUCGAUGACGGGUCUGAUCCCAGUGUACCCCGGGGAGUCAGCGGCUCCCAUCCGCACAGCCAAAGCCGAGCGUAGACAUCAAGAGAGGCUCCGGAUGCAGAGCCCAGAGCUGGCUGUGGCUCUGGACAAGGACCUGUCUCCUGCUGAGAAACGAGCUCUAGAGGCCGAGAAGAGAGCCAUGUGGAGGGCAGCACGGCCUUACGGCCUUGAGGAGGAUGUUAGGCAGUAUGAGCAGGACCUGGCUAAGAGGCUGUACCAGGCCAGAGUGAGGGCGUCUCAGGGCACGGCCGAGCCCCCCCAGCCCCCUACCUCCUCCUCCACUUCCUCCUCUGCUGCCUCCCAGCUCAGGAUGAAGUCUCUGGAGCAGGAUGCACUGAAAGCUCAGAUGGUCAUCGCCAAAUCUAGGGACGGGAAAAAACGUGGCACAUUAGACCAGCUGGCAGAGUCACCCUCACCCGCUCCAACACCCUCGCCUACACCUAUGGAAGAGCCCAGUCCUCGAGGACUCACCUCUCCAGGCAGGCUGUCCCUGUCAUCAAAGAAGUUUGACUACCGACAGUUUGCUGCCAUUCCUUCUUCCAAACCCGUAUACGACAUCCAGUCCCCUGAUGCAGCUGAUGACAUGCAGUUCAUUGACGACGGCUCCAGCAAGCCAGGGCCUGCUGCUAGCCUUGAGGCUGAGGUUCCUGCCCCACUGCCCGCCACCUCAGCCCUGGAGGAGAUGGCUCUGUACAGCAACAAGCGCAAACUGAGGCAGGGCCGCCGCAGCCUGGAAACCGCAGUGCCCACGUAACACCUCACACUGAGAGAAAACUCCAAAAGACAUAAUCCAAACACACAAACAUUUACACAGACGCUGUGGAACACUGGUAACACAUCGGAUCAUCCACAGACGGAGCAGAGCCACAAAAAUACUACACGGAGUGUCAGUAGAAGAGAUGUACUCUCCUAUAUAACCACUGCAGAGACUAUGAAGCUGAUAGUCACAUACACACUCACUUAUAUCCUGCGUGCCAGUCUUGCCUCUACAGUCUGUGGAUGAGCAGGAUCAUUGCUCAGCAGUCCCCGAAGGGCAAGAAAGAGCUAGUGUGGUUAGCUAGGAUUGCUACUUUAUGACCAUUCUUCUUUUUAUUUGUUCUACACUCGGUUUUUCCAUGUAGAAGCUGAUGUAUUUUUUAACAGGAGGUGACAGAAGAGUUUAGUUUCUAUUUUCCACACCUCCAAUGAUUUUGCUGUUUUUAAAAAAAGUCAUACUGGAAGAGAAAAGAAAUGGGUCAUAGUUAUACUAACUUCUUGGAUGAUAUUUUUAGAAUUUCAGUGAAUAGAUUGUAAAAUGUCAGGGCUCUCUUUAGACUUGGGCAGAUAUGAGUGUAAAUAUUAAUUUAGGAAGGAACAUCCUGCUACCUUCAUGGUCACAAAUCAUGGAGAGCUUGUUUGAGAAAACUAAACAUAUCUUUUAUUUGCACUGCCACAUCAAGUUUUUAAAACAUCUGAAGUAAUUUAUUGUUUUUAAUCAUGUUACUCAAACUGAAGGCCUUUGUAACCCACCAAAAAGUAAUGCGAGUUACCAUAAAGACAUUAUCAGAAAAGAAAAUCAGAAAACAGAACUUUUGGAUUUCAUAUCACUUUAUAAAUCGUUUUUGCUUAAUAUACACUACUCUUGCAUCCCUAAUAAACACUGUAUAUCUACAGUGAGAACAGCUGUAAACUGCUGGUGCAUUCCCUUUGUAGAGAGAAUACAACUGCAUAUCAAAUGAAAUAAUCAAAUUUUGCAACAUAUCCUUCAAGCAUCGUUUAAUAACCAACGGUACAAACCAGUCCUGUUAAGUUUUUUUCAUUUUAUCAAUGUGAAAGUGUCAUCUCUAUACUUUCCAUAUCUGGAGGUAAUCCAGAGUGGCGUGAAGGUAGCAGGUGUUUUAUUUUUCUGUCUAUGGUUAAUUUAAAUCUGAUGCCACUGAAAAAAAUCAUUUAUUAUUGUGUGAAUAAUGUACAAAUACUGAAAGGAAAACAAACCUGGGUUUGAAUCUGAGCCAGUCUUGACCUAAUCCAAGCGAGUGUCUGAACUGCUGGGGCGUCUGGGUUUGGACGGGCUUUGUAUCAGAUGCUCUCUGCAUGUAUAUUGGUUUGUUAAUGGGAGAGCUGAGAGGCAGAACUUACUAGAAAUCCCUCUCAUAACAUUGAUCUUAUUCAUACAUUCAGUUCACUGCUUAACACACUGUCAGUUUAUGUAUCUGAUGGGUAUUUUUUUUCAGAAUCACAGCUUAGUAGCAUUUCUUUUAAUUUAAUGUAGGGUCUUCUAAUGAUAGCUUUCUGUGUUGCUCUCACUGACUGAAAUUCAGUUUGUUUGAUAACAUUUGCAAUGGCUGAUAUCUUUUUUUAACUUACAGUGGGUAAUCUUUUUUCAGAUGGGUUUCACUACAUUAUUAAUGCAGUGUUUCAAGUUUUUGUGUUUCUUCUUUUGUCUUGAGUUCUCUUUGGGGGCUUUUCCUUGCAAAUAGGUCAGAGGGAAAGGGUCAGAAGUCCCAGGGUCAAGGGUUAGAGCUCACACAAGACUGUAACUAGUGAAUUUGUACAACCAAAGAAGUCUAUUUUGUGGUUCAGGAAUAAUAAAUUUUACUUUUCAUUUAAGAAGCUGA